UUGUUUGUCAACAACAAAGACACCAUCCUCUUCAUUUCACUCUUCUCAACAUUUGCACCAUCGCACAACAUUUUCUUCUUCGCUCCCUCGCUCAACCAACUCUUCUGCCAUUAUCAUGUCUAAGGUCAACGACCAAUGGGUUACAAUGGUCAUGGCCGACGACACCCUCGUCGCCAACCAGCUCCUCCUCCUCCGCCGCCACCACCACCACCACCGACCCUCCGUCAUCCGCCGCUGGGUCCACCGCCAGCGCCGCACCCCAAGGCUCCCCAUCAGCGGCGCCCGGGACACCCCCACCACUCCCCUCACCUGGACCACCGCCACCUCCAUCGACGGCUACGAGGGCCACACUCGCAAAACCGCAACAACCCAUCCCUCAGCAGCAUCUAAGGCUGUGGAUGAAAGUGAAUCUGCGGCUGAUAAAAGAAUGGCAAGGAAGAAAAGAAUUCUGCGUGAUCUUCAACGGGAGCACACGCUUAAAUUACAUGAAAAUGAGGAUUUAAGAAAUAAACUUGCAGCCGUUAAUCUCACAAUUGAUAAAAAAAGAGCCACUGCCAAAAAUAUAAAGAAAAUAAAGCUUGGUAUCAAGUCAAGAGGGACCUUGGAAAUUGCACAAGCUAUUCUUAACCCACCUAAGUCUGUGGAAGCUCAAUGCGAUACACCUAACUUAGGCUCAGAAAAAACAGUCGAGGACCAGAUUCUGGAGCCUGUGUGUUCUGCUGCAAAUGUUCCCUCCAACAAACGAGAGAUUGGUGCCGGGAAACGUCCAUUGUUGCUGCCUGAUCUAAAUCAACCACCAGAGGAGUAUUUGAAUACGGAAUUUCUUGGAUUCAGCCAAUGAAAAAUAUUUGACAAACAUAUAUUUAGAUUAGUGAUAGUUGUUUGCUAUACACAUAACAUAUCAGCAGUAACUUAGGUUAUGCUAAUGUACAUGUAGGUGGUAAACCGUUCACUUUCCCCUCAGUCAAAAUCA